AUGCUCGAUCUCAUCAUCCUUAUGGAACUCUUCACACGUGUCCAGCUUAAGGAUGAGACAAUGAAGGACUUCCACCACAUGAACGCUGUCUACUCUGUUCUUUCCUUCCUCCUCAAGGCUCCAAGAACACCAACAGGCACACCAGUCAUCAACUCCCUCUUCCAGCAGCGUGCUUGCAUGGAGAACAUCCUCCGUGCUACACGUGGUCUCCAGCCACUCAACAACAUGCACCUCGAAUGGAAGAUGCCAAAGAACCAGUAA